GUCUCAGCGCCACCCUCAAUUUCGUUGAGUGAUGUCUUACCACAAGUUGUGGAGGAAAGCUCAAGACAAUCCUACAGAGUUUUCUGUGUGGAUAAGCCUUCUUGAUCUUGUUGAGAAACAGCAAAAUAUUGAAUAUGCCAGGCAAGCAUUCGGUGCAUUUUUCAAACGUUUCCCAUAUUGCUAUGGAUAUUGGAAGAAAUUCGCGGAUAUGGAACGCCAUAAAGGAAAUAAAGAGAAAUGUUUGCAGGUUUACGAACUUGGGGUAAAAACUACACCCCUAAGUGUAGACCUUUGGACAGCUUAUUUGGAUGCUGCCACUGAAUAUUACCACACGCAUGAUGACUAUGAAAAUAAAAUGCGUAGGUAAGUAAUUCACUUUUUUGUUUUCUAAACAUUCUCUUUGGUGGCUCUGAUGAUCAGUGAUUCGUAAUUUGUAAUAGUGCCGUAAGCUGUAUUUUAAUGUCUGUGGUUAUAAUUUAUUUCAGUCUAUAUGAAUCUGCUUUGGAUGCUGCUGGACUUGAAUUUCGUUCGGAUGCAUUGUGGGAGCAUUAUAUUAGUUGGGAAAGUGGGCAUAACCGGUUGGUUAAUGCAGCCAACAUAUAUGCUCGUUUAUUGUCAAUUCCUACUCAACUUUACUUUCAAAACUGGGACAGGUUAGUGUGACUAGCUUAAAGUUAAUUUUGAAAAACUCAUUUCCCAUCUAUAUAAAUUUCUACUUUCAGAGAAUUAUUUUUUGAUGCUGUCAUGCCAAGUUACAUUAUUCUUCCUGACACUGGCUUAUUAGAUUGGGCACAUGACUUCUGACCGUUGGGUCACAAGCUUGAAACUUUCUCCAUCUACCGAGGUUUGGCAGCUGAGUGAUGUCAUCAACCUUCAUUCAGUACAUGCAAUUCACUGUCAAGUGCUCUGGUAUGAUUGUUUUUGCUGAGUAGCAUUGCAUUUUCCCCAGAAAUUUCUUCUGUGAAAAGAAAAAAUCUAUGAAAUAUUUUUACUGGGAAUUAAGUAUUUUAGUUGAUAUGUAACUAAAGGGUGUAAGUAUAAAAUAACUUACUCUUGUUAAAGGCGGUUUGAAUAUUAGGUACUAAUUCUCUUCGAAAUUCGCCGUUGUCAUAUAGUACCUGGAAAAUGUAUCAAGUACCAAGUUUCUGUACUGCUGGAUGCUGCUCUACUCCGAAGUAUCUAACGAAGAGGUUGAGUAAGCGUGAUCGAAAGUCAAGACCCUUAGUAUUUUUGCAGUGUUUUUAAUUUAGAACAAGUCUUUUUAAUUUCGUUCGACAAACAUUGAAUGGCGGGAUAUAUUGGUAUAUGUACCCUUAGAAAUAGUAUUUUCUUGCUCUCUUCGAUAAUCAGAUGGAAGCACUAGUAUGCGUGUUACACAGCAUAUAUGUCAUUUGACGACUGUCCAGAUGUCGCUCCUGUGCUGAAGGUGAUGCAGGUUGCCAAAUGUCAAACGAGCCCUUUGUAUUAAUGUUAGGGUUUCUUCAGCAACAGGUUAGUCAGGGCUCAUACAGCUUAGCAAAUACUUGAAGUGAGUAACAUGUCCAGUCAUUUCACUUUUUGGAUUGUAAAUUUUAAAAACGCAUAUAAUUCCUAAGAUCCAAAGGUUUGCAGUAGUUAAAUGCUUUAUUUUUUAUGUGAUAGUGCCUCUUCAUGUGUUAUCUACAGCAGCAACUGUAUCUAGUUAUUCAGCACAUAAAGACUGGCUUCAUACAGAAUUAUUCCUUAUUACAUAAUAGAUGUGUAGAUGAUUUGGUGCUCUUAGACUGUUGACUAUUUUCGACGCCUGAAAAUGUUUGGUGCUCAUUGAACACACUUAAAACGAAAUUCAUUUUCUGACAAUUGGCGUGCUUCAGUUGCUUAAAUAUUAUGAAGGAGAGGUGUAUUUGCAUGGUAACAACUUAAUCUUCUCAGGAGUAGUCACUUACAGUAUUUUGUUGUAGAAACCAAAGGUUCGUUUGAUGUUUACCAACCUACGGUAAAUAUGACAUGACAUCAUUUCGAAAGGUAUAUUUCACUUAUUGUGGGUUUCGAUUUACUGCUGAGUUGUGUGUUGAGUACGAGUUAGGAGCUGUAAAAUUAUUUGUUUUUAACGGCAUCUUUGUAGGUCUUCAGUUUGCGGGGCAGUUAUGCUAUUGUUUUUUUGGAAACAAUGCCUACGUCUUAUAGUGUCAACAUAUUUGCCUGUGUAUUCUGUUAAUAAUAAUUGUUCUUAUUGUUAUCAGCUUCAACAAGUUGGUGGAAGAGAAUCGCCCUGAAGACAUUUUGUCCAAAAAUGAAUUUGCAAGUAUGCUUGCUCAGGCUUCACUGGUUUCCGGUAAGCCUAUAUCGCUUGGAAAGCAAUCAGAAGAAGCCCAUGAUGAGCUAGAACCACCUAUUUUGGGUUCUACAAAACCGGCGAUUGAGAUAACUGAUACUGUUCGAUCAUCGAUACGACAAAUGAUAAUUGAUUCCCGGGAACAAAUUUAUCGGGCAACUUAUAUGCAAAUUAUGCGGCGAUGGUAUUUUGAAGAAAAGAUUCGUCGUCCAUAUUUUCAUGUAAAACCUCUUGAAGAAGUACAACUGAACAACUGGGCAGAAUAUAUAAGCUUUGAGGAGGCAGAAGCAGCAACUGUUAUAUCUCACAUAAGCGAACAAAUAAAAUUAACCCAUCAGUUGUCUGGUGAUAAAUUAGAGGAAGCUGUAUCUCAGUCACCUGAAGUAAAACUUGCUAAACGUCGUGUUCGUAUUCUUUAUGAAAGAUGUCUUGUUGCUUGUGCUCUCUACGAACACUUUUGGAUACGUUAUGCAAAAUAUCUAGAGUACGUUGAAAGAGAUAUACCUGCUGCACGUGAAGUUUGGAGGCGUGCAUGCAAUACUCACUUACCAUAUAAACCAACAAUUCAUUGGCAUUGGGGUUGCUUUGAGGAUAGACAUCCUGCCAGUCUGGAUAAUCCGCCUAAAUUUGAAGUACUCACUUGCCUAGAUAUACUAACUGAUUUGGAGAAACGUUUAACUGAUAGUGCUCUUGUAUGCUGUAGGAGAGCGGAUGCUUUACGAAGGGCGGGUAAACCUCUAUUCGAUAUCAUUGCUUGUCUUCGCAAUGGUAUCAAUCGUCUUCGAUACCUAGUUCAAGAACAAAAUAAAGUUGCACAAUGUGUUUCUGGGGCUACUGCUUCUCGUACUGUUGCACAGGCGAUAGCCACAGCAUCACAAGCGCGUGCCGGGGCAGGUGUACUUGCUGGUCGUUUAGCUCGAUUGUUUCAUCGAAAUGAACUAUUGUGCUCCGAGGGAAUACCUGUAUGGAUGCUGUUACUCGGUACAAAGUAUGAAGAAGAUGAAGAUGAACCUUCGCUGAUGGAUUUGCCAAAGAUCGAAGAAACAAAGAAUAAUGAAAAACAAGAAGAACCAGAAAGUACUACUAAUGGCACAGAUAAGCCGAGUAAAGAGGAGAAUUCCCCAGAAGUUGUUAAAAUGGAUGGUGAUGAUGAUGAUGAUGAUGAUGAUGAUGAUGGUGGAAAGGGGGAGGAUGGUGUAGAUGAAACCACAGAGAUGGAAGCUGUGGGCAGUGAUCACGAGACUGAUUCUGAAAUUGAAGCUGCAUCAUCAGAUAACGAUGUAACGAUGGAUGAGGAAACAGAUGAAGAGGCCUCACAAAAGCCUGCGGAAAAUAACACAACUAAUAAAAAUGACCACACGAAUGAGGAUGAGUUGGACGAAUCUGGUUCUCCACCAAUCUUAGUUGUACCUUGUUCACAAGAGAAAAAGAAACAUCAUAAGCGUAAACACAGAGAAGGCAAGAAAUCAAAAAGAAAACAUAGUUCUAGUAAGCGAGCAAAAUUAGAGGAUAAGGCUUCCAGAGAUGCCAAUGGUGAUGGAGAAGGUGAAGUUAAUGCAGAAAAUGGAUCUGAAGAUGAAUCCAAAGCAUCUCCCGAGGUUGAUCAAGCAGCUGAAGAAGAAGAACGUAUACGUGCCCUCCUGAACAAGCGACACAAAGUAAUUGAAAUUCGUGCUCCUUUACCAUCAGAACUUACAGAUGAGGAUCUUGUAGUUAUCUCUGGUGAAGAAGCAGCCAUCAGAGUUCUUAAAGAGGCCAUUGAGUAUGAUCCACGUAAUGAGCGAUUAUACACUCAAUUACUCGAUAUUAUAUAUCAGCGUCGACCAGCCGAUAUUGAUGGUUUUAUUGAAGCCUGUAACCUGGCUACAAUUGAUUCAAUUUUACCAGCACAUAUUAAAUUAGCUUUCUGUCAACGGAAAUUACAGUUUUUAGAAGAAUUCGAUACAGAUUUAUCUAGGCUUAAUGCUACGUAUGAGGAAUAUAUAACUCUUUGUGAAGCUGUCAAUACUGGUGUUACUGCUUCAGCUGUUGCUCGUGGAUCUAGUCGUCUAAUGCCUGGUUAUCAAUUGCCAGAUCUUCUCAAUUUGCCAACAACUUCUCUUAGAGUAAAUGCUGUGAUUGGUGCCAAUCCAUGUGAAAUGUUGGUUUCUGCUACUCCUGUUAGUCGUACACCAUGUUUGAAUACUGAUCAGGCUGCAUUGGAAGCAGCUGCUUCAGUUGGUACACCAGCACCUGAUCCAUCUACAGCUGCUGGUUAUUAUACAGCUGGAGCUUAUGAACCACUUGCUGCUGCUCUUGGUAAUACAUCUGGACUGCCACCUGCAAUUCCUACUGGUAUACCUGUUAUGACACCGUCAGUUGCAAUUCUUCCUCGCAUGCCGGAUACAUCAACUGCAGGUGCAACAGAUCCAUAUGCAGCCUACUACUAUACUGCUCCAGCAGGUGCUACUUCUUCUGUUCUUGCACCAGUUGUUGUUCCAAAAGCAGUUGAUAUGAAUUUAUCGGCGUCUUUAGGAGUACCAUCUUCCACAGUUGCCUCAGUAACCACAGUUAUAUCAUCAUCGUCAUCAUCAGUAUCUGUUGCACAGUAAAUUUGUAGCACAAUGGUUGUCUUUUGUACACUUGUUUAUUUUGUUAAAAAAGACUGCAUUUCCGGUUAUAAUUAUUAUAUGUUUUCACUGA